AUGGCUACUAGUGUAAACAAAAUCACAACGAGAUGCAGUGAAAUCGAUUCGAUGUUGAGUGGGGGAAUAACAAUCGGUGAAGUGACUGAGGUGUGUGGCGAAAAUGCAUCAGGGGACCUUGAAACAUUAAAUGGAAAUCCUUUGGAUUACAUAACUACAAAGCAAGUUGACACUCCUCAUGAAAUACCGGAUGUGCUAGAAUGGACUGUAAAACUUAUUAAAAUGUCUCAAAAUUCAUCAAUGCCAAUCCGCGUUGUUGUUAUUGAUUCAAUAGGUAGUAUGUUCACUGGUCAUUUUGAAAACAAUGUUGUUGGCUCAACCGAAAGAAAGGAUCUUAUACAAGCUAUUGGUUAUGGGUUACGUACAAUUGCCGCAUCCAAUCAUGUUGCCGUUGUUGUGGCUAACAAUGUGAUUGACGUAUUUCCAUCUGAUCACGAUACAACGCAAAAUUUCAUUAUAUCGUCCGGGAGAAAGGUCCGUCCGGCUUUGGGCGCCUCAUGGACACGCAAUGUACGCACUCGUCUAAUGUUGUCCAAAAGAUUUAAUUCGUUUACCCAACAAAUUGACAGAUUUAUAAACAUUGCAUUUUCACCAUCAUUAGAGGUAGAUGCAUGUAUGUUCAACAUCACUGAAGAGGGGAUUGUCGGUGUUUGUAGUUAA